AUGCAUUUAGACGUGCCCUCUUGUUUUGGUCCUUGUUAGUCACAAAAUCGGUGGACUUAUCAGUAAACAAACAGAAACAGAUGACGAUGCGAAAAGAAGAGGAAGAAGAAGAAGAAGAAGAAGAAGAAAGGGGAACAGAUGACGAUGAUGAUGAAUCUUCAGGGGAAUCAGAUUCAGAAGCGGAAGAGAAAUGGAGAAAGCACUACUCAUCCAGGCAUAGGAUAUUGUUGGUUGGAGAAGGGGACUUCUCCUUCUCUCUUUCUUUGGCCACCCACUUCGGAUCAGCGCGCAACAUGGUCGCCACUUCUCUCGAUUCCCAGGACAAGAUAUAUAGCAAGUACAGUAAUGCAAUAGCGAAUGUGAGGGAGCUUGAAGAAAGGGGGUGCUUGGUGCUUUACGGUGUUGACGCCAAGACCAUGAGUCAACACUUCUUCCUCUCCACUCAGAGGUUCGAUAGAAUUGUCUACAACUUCCCUCAUGUUGGCUUUCUCUUCAGAGAGGAAAGCUACUGCCAGAUCCAGUUGAACAAGAGACUGGUGAAGGGUUUUCUCAGGAAUGCUAAACUUCUUUUGAAAAAAGAGGGAGGGGAGAUUCAUAUAUCUCACAAAGAAGGCCAUCCUUACAACAAAUGGGAUUUAGUGAAGAAAGCACACAAAAUAGGAGGACUGGUUCUAACCCAAUCUGUGCCCUUCUGCAAGGAUGACUAUCCUGGAUAUGACAACAAGAGAGCCCAUGGUUCCCUUUCUGAUGCUUCUUUCCACCUUGGGGAUUGCACUACUUACAUGUUUAGCCUUGCUUAGUCUUUUGUCUCCAUCACAUGCUCUGUUAUGUGUUUGCCUAGCUCUCUUUCAAAUCAACCAUCUUUGUUAGAGAUUGAAGACGACGAGGUGCUUAAUUGCUUGCUUGCCACCUGAGGCAUCAGAGGAUUCAACAUGUAAUGUAAUAUAUGAAGAAACGAAAAAUCAUCAACUGCUUUGUUAGCUUAUAUGUGGAUGAUUGAACAUGCUUUCUCUUAUUGCUACUUUGUGUAAGAGUCUACUGAAUGUUGUCUUUGCUUGCUCCAAUUAUCAAUACUACAUGAUUGCUGCUAUCUUUUAGUCAAGCAUCUCUACUC